CUACUCGCACGGUUCCAGUGCCGAUGCCGUAGUUAUAAACCACAGGACCUUUUCUUGUAAUUUCUGGAGGAAAAAUUAAUUAAAAAACACCGACGCCAAACAAUGAAGUCUGUUGUUGACACCAAUACUCUGGCGGGUUAAAUUGUUUAUGGUCAUGAAUUGUUUUAGGUAUUUUCUACGUACUUAUCGCUACUAAUAUACUAUUUCCCACAAGUCAAGAAAACUGCCGGAGCGCCUUCAUAAAACGUUAUCGCUAAUUCGAAUCACAUUAUUUCCCUCCGCACCCCCGCACCCCGCCGUCGUCGUGUGGAGUUGCAUUGAACGAAUCAUUUUCUCGAUAACGCGGCAGAGAUUUCGCGUUCGCGUCGCCCGAGCCGAGAUCAACCGGAGCGAAGUGGCACGGAGGCGCGGCACAGGGCACACACGGCACACGGCACACGGCACACGGCACGGCACGGAAUCGCGGCAGUCACGGCACGUCUCACGGCAGUGAGCGAGCGGACGGCGCGCGAGACACCGCCGGCGCCGAGACGAACCGGACGCGCGGAAACUUCUCAACUAAACUCGGAAAAUAGUUGUAACAAUUAUUCAUUUAUUAUUGUGACCGGCGCUAGUUGUCGUGUUGUUGCUGCUCCGACCCGUGCAGCUGUUCGCUUCAACCGAGUGUGAUUGAUUCUGAAGACUCCAGUGAAGUUUAAAGUUGGAGAUUGUUGUUGAGAGGACUGGACUAUAAGGCUGUGGUGGGCAUGAGCCGCGCCUGACCCGGCGCGGCGGCAGCGGCAGCGGCGGCAGCGGCAGCGGCAGCGGGCGGCAGCGACAGCGGGCGGCAGCGGCAACGGCAGCGGCGGCAUGGACGACCCCGAGCGCAUCGCGCGCGAGCGGGAGGCGUGCGAGCGCGCGCUCAACGGCUCGGCACCGCCGCCGGGCGCGCACUGCGCCGGCACGUACGACACGUGGCAGUGCUGGCCGCACACGCCCGCCAACUCCACGGCCUACGCGCGCUGCCCCGACUUCGUGCCCGGCUUCGCGCCCGAGCUGACGGCGCACAAGAUCUGCACGGAGAACGGCACCUGGUGGAUCCACCCGGAGUCCGGCAAGCCGUGGUCCAACUACACCACCUGCGUGCCGCCCGAGGACGACCUGAGCGACGUGAUCGCCGUGUACGAGGUGGGCUACAGCGUGUCGUUGGUGGCGCUGCUGCUGUCGCUCGCUAUCCUGCUGUACUUCCGCAGCCUGCGCUGCGCGCGCAUCACCGUGCACAUGAACCUGUUCGCGUCCUUCGCGCUCAACAACGCGCUGUGGCUGGCGUGGUACGCGCUGGUGGUGCGCGCGCCCGCCACGCUCACGGCCUCGCCCGCCUGGUGCCGCGCGCUCAACGCCGCGCUGCAGUACGCCAUGCUCACCAACUACACGUGGAUGCUGUGCGAGGGGCUGUACCUGCACACCGUGCUGGUCAGCGCCUUCGUGUCCGAGCGGCGCCUGCUGCGCGCGCUGCUGGCGCUGGGCUGGCUGCUGCCCGCGCCGUCGGCCGCCGUGCACGCCGCGCGCCGCGCCGCCGCGCGCGAGCCGCUGUGCUGGGCCGACGACGGCGCGCCGCGCGCCGAGCUGGCCGCGCUCGUGUGCGUGGCCGUGUUGCUCAACCUGGCCUUCCUGUGCAACAUCGUGCGCGUGCUGUGCACCAAGCUGCGCGCGGGCGGCGGCGCGGGCCGCGCGCGCCCCUCGGCCACGGCGCUGCACGCGCUGCGCGCCACCUGCCUGCUGGCGCCGCUGCUGGGCCUGCAGUACGUGCUGACGCCGUGCCGACCGGCGCGCUCGCACCGCCUGUGGCUGCUGUACGAGUACGCCACGGCGCUCAGCACGUCGCUGCAGGGGCUGUGCGUGGCCGUGCUCUACUGCUUCUGCAACGGCGAGGUGCUGGCGCAGCUGCGGCGGCGCUGGCGCGUGCUCACCUUCCGCCCGCGCGCCAACUCCGCCACCAACACCACGGUGUCGUUCGUGCGCUCGGCGGCGACGGCACCCGCGGCGCUCGAGGAGAAGGUGUGACUGGCGGGCGCGGACGCGGCGGGCGCGGGCGACGCGGACGGCGCCGCGCGCGAGCGCCGCAUCCGCUUCGAGUGCGGCGACAGCGACGACGACGCGCCGCCCGCGCCGCACGCGCGCCUGCUGUGAGCGGCCACCGCA